CCAUUUUAUUUCUAACAAUCUUCCUCUUCCAGAUCGAAUCGCCCUGUAAUCUAGGGUUUCGCAAAUCUCCCACCUCUCCCUCACGAUCUAUACUCAACUCUUGUUAUCAAUACUUCCCAACUGUUUUUUGUAGCGAUCAUGACGAUUCCCGAUUCGGGUUCCCUGAUGGAUAACGAAUCGUUAUGCUUGCCGUGCACUCCAGAGGAAGAGAGAAGGAUUGUCAAGGAGUUAACAGAGAAGGCCGAGUCUUGUUUGAAAGAAGGCAACUUAUACUAUGUUGUCUCCAUUAGAUGGUUUACAAAGUGGCAGAAAUACGUUGGUGAGGAAAUUAGUGCAUAUCAGUUCAAAGAGCUUUCUACUGAUAAACAGGCCCCACCUGUGACAAAAGCAAGCGAGAGACCAGGACCAAUUGAUAACACAGAUAUAAUUACAAAUGAAGGUGAUCGUGAUAAGAGUGACCUACAGAUUUCUAGGUUACUUUUAGAAGGGAGUGAUUACGUUCUAGUUCCUCAAGGAGUUUGGGAGAAGCUUCAUGGAUGGUACAAAGGAGGACCGGCUUUACCCAGGAAGAUGAUAGCACUUGGAAUCCAAGGGGCAUAUACAGUUGAGGUGUAUCCCCUAGCUUUGAAAUUGAUUGAUUCAAGAGACAAGAGUGAAAUAAUCAUACACAUAAGUAAAAAGGCCUCGUUACGUGAACUUUAUAAGCAAGUAUCUGCACUUAAAGGAGUAGAGCUGGAGAAGUUCGAACAGGUGCACAUUUGGGAUUAUUUUAAUGAUCGUAGGCAAUCAGCUCUGGCUGAUUCGAAUCAAACCCUGGAGGAGUCCAACCUGCAGAUGGAUCAAUCUAUUCUUUUAGAUGUUCAAGUUGAUGGAUUUAUACCCUCUGGAUUUGGCAUGGAUUCUACAGGAAAUGAGUUAGCUUUGGUCCCCAUGGAACCACAAAGAUCAUCUCGCACAAUAGCUGGUGGACCAAGUUUGUCUAAUGGUUAUUCAGCAGAUUAUGGUUCUAGUUUGUAUCAGGGAAGUGCUUUAAGCUCAAUAUCUACAGAUAUGGAGGAUGCUCAUGAUUCUGUGAGGACUGCUCCUGGAGGAGAUAGAGGUUUAGCAGGAUUGCAGAAUUUAGGGAACACUUGUUUCAUGAAUAGUGCACUUCAAUGCUUAGUCCAUACUCCACCCCUCGUGGAGUACUUUUUGCAGGAUUAUACUGAUGAGAUCAACAAGCAAAAUCCUUUAGGAAUGCAUGGUGAACUUGCAGUUGCAUUUGGUGAGUUGUUGAGGAAACUUUGGUCAUCUGGUCGUACCUCGGUUCCUCCUCGUGCUUUUAAAGGAAAACUUGCUCGGUUUGCUCCCCAGUUUAGUGGAUAUAAUCAGCAUGAUUCUCAAGAACUUCUGGCAUUCUUGCUUGAUGGGUUGCAUGAAGAUCUGAAUCGUGUCAAGCAGAAGCCUUAUUUUGAGACAAAGGACUCUGAUGGUCGCCCCGAUGAGGAAGUUGCAAACGAGUUCUGGAGUUACCACAAAGCUCGAAAUGAUUCAAUUGUAGUGGAUGUUUGCCAGGGGCAAUAUAAGUCAACACUGGUUUGUCCAGUUUGUGACAAAAUCUCAAUUACCUUUGACCCCUUCAUGUACUUGUCUUUGCCUUUACCUUCAACGGCCACUCGUUCAAUGACGGUAACUGUAUUUUAUGGAGACGGAAGUAGCUUACCAAUGCCGUUUACCGUUAAUGUUUCAAAACAUGGUUACAGCAAGGAUCUCUUCCAGGCUUUGGCUACUGCAUGUUGCUUAGGGAGUGAUGAAAUCCUGGUUCUUGCAGAGGUAUAUGAGCACCAUAUAUAUCGCUACUUGGAGAACGGGGAUUCGUUACAUACAAUCAAAGAUGAUGAAUGCAUUGUAGCCUAUAGACUUUCCAAAAAACAAGCUGAAUUUCCAAAGCUAGAGAUAUGUCACCGGUAUCUGGAAAAUUUGAAGCCAGGUGAGAGGAAGAGGUUCUUGACGCCCUUGGUUACCUAUUUAGAAGGGGCAAAAAAUGGUGCUGAUAUUGAGUUAGCAGUUAACAGAGUUCUGGUUCCACUUAAAAGGAAAGUUUUUUCAUCAUUAAACAGGAGUGAUGGUCCAAAGGUAAAUGGCUCUGCUUCAGAAGCCAGUGAAGAAUCCACUAGUGACUGUACUGAACUUGGUAACCCAUCAAAGGACAAAGACUUUGAAGAUGAGGAAUUAUCAUUUCGCUUAUGCUUAACGGAUGAUAGGGGUAUGAGUUGCAGACCAAUCUUAAAGAAUUCUGUUAUAAAAUCAAGCAAAAUCGUGAAGGUUAUGCUGGAUUGGACCGACAAGGAACAUGAGUUGUAUGAUGCAAGCUACCUCAAGGAUCUUCCCAUGGUGCACAAGCCCGGGGUUACUGUUAAAAAAACUAAACAAGAAUCUAUCUCAUUGUUUUCUUGUCUGGACGCAUUCUUGAAGGAGGAACCUCUAGGACCUGAUGAUAUGUGGUAUUGCCCUGGUUGCAAGGAACAUCGCCAAGCCACCAAGAAAUUGGACUUGUGGAGGCUGCCUGAUAUUAUAGUCUUCCAUCUAAAACGCUUCUCGUACAGCCGAUUUUUGAAGAACAAACUUGACACAUUUGUGAAUUUCCCGAUUCACAAUCUUGAUUUAAGCAAAUAUGUGAAAAAUAAAGAUGCGUCUGGUGGAUCUAGUGUUUACGAGUUGUAUGCUAUCAGCAAUCAUUAUGGUGGGCUUGGUGGUGGCCAUUAUUCUGCAUACGCAAAGUUGGUUGAAGAAGAUAGAUGGUAUCACUUUGAUGAUGCCCAUGUAACUCCUGUUAGUGAAGGUGACAUCAGAACAGCAGCAGCAUAUUUGUUGUUUUACCAAAGAGUGAAAACCAACUCAGUGCCUACUAAUGGACCUGUGGGAGAGUCUUCGAAAGUUCAUGAGGAGUUUUGAAGAGUAGUGAAGAUUGAGGAGGUAGUUAUUACCAAAAGUCGAAUGAAAUGGGCUUGUAGCGAAGCAUUGUAUCCCAAAUCUGGAUGGAUGGUUUAUCAAGUUAGGGGUUGAUGGAAUCUACAGACAGUGUGUUGCUGGAAGGAAAACAAGCACACAUUUUGAUCGCAAGGGAAGGAAUCAUACAUAAUUAGGAAGCAGGAGAAGGGAGGGAUGGGUGUAGUUGUUAUAUUCUUGGUUUUCUUGAUUGGCAUUGGAACCAAAAACAUGAUUGGUUAAAAGCUUGUAGCCAUUUUCCAGCAUAUAUUACUUGAUGGUAGUAUUUGAGUGACUGGAAGAUGAUUUUGCAGAUGGUGGUCUCUCUUUUUGUUAUUAUGUUCACAUUUCUUCAACUUGUGGCAUGUGUAUGUAUGUGCAUUAGACAUUCAAAUCCAUCCUGAUCAUCCCACCUGUUUUAAAUAAUAUAUUCUUGGAUUGUUUGAUCCACAGUGGAAUGCUGGUUGCAA